AGUAACAGGGCAUUGAACCAGCCAAUAUUUCUGGUGUGGCACAAGUAAUCAUAGAAAGCUAAAGUCCAGGUUUGCUGCACAUUUUAAUAGGAAUUAGCAACAUUAAGGUACAAUAUCAUUUAAGUUGGGUCCUGCAUCAUUACCUAAUCUUGUGGUCCUGUCUUUUCAGAGGGUCCCUGUGUCAAAACAGUAGUUGUAAGGCUGUAAUCAGCUCAGAUGGUGCAUAUUCCUGAAUAAAAUGGAAUUGUGCUUGAUCAAAUUAUCUUAAACUGCAGUGACAGGGUCCAGAAUGCACAGAGGGCAGGAACUGUAUGUGUGUGGGCCCAAUAAUGACCAUUGCUUAUCAUUUAAAUAGGCUCACUUUGUAUGCAGCGGUACAGCAACUAAUCAAUCAAUCAAACAAACUUUAUUUGUACAGCACCUUUCAUACAGGUUAGUGUAAUUCAAAGGGCUUUAUAUGUGAAUGAGAAGAAAAGACAGUAGAGAGACAAACUAGAACAAUUUGAGACGGAUGCACAACAGGAAAAACUUUAGAGACAAGUAUUAUAUUGUAAGUCAGGAGCAGUGCUUAUGCCAACUAUUUCACUGCGACUUUACAACACCCAGCAAUGCGACACCAAAUUAUAACUUUAUUGUAAUUCUUUCAAACAUGAACACAGGAGUCAAAUACCUGUCAGUUUUCUACUUGCCAUUGAACCGUGUGGGGAUCCCUGUCCACGAUUGGUUCAGCCAUUAUUGCAAGUCCCGCGAGAGUCUCCAGAGCAGCUGUUACCCUGGAGACCAAGCUAAACAACCGCUGCUCUGUGUUUUAAUUUUGUCAAAGCUUUGUUAUUUUAAGAACCACAUUACGGGCGGAUACACUGAGCUUUCCUUUCAUUUUCGAAUUUAUUUUUAAUCAUUCAACUAUAAUUCCAUAAUGGGUAGCGAUUACUACGAGACGCUGGAAAUAAACAGAAAUGCAACAGACGCAGAUAUCAAAAAGGCAUAUCGACGUCUGGCAUUGAAGUUUCAUCCGAGCAGCAACAGGGAAACUGGAAGCGCCGAGAGGUUCAGUCAGCUGGGUGAAGCCUACGAUGUUCUGAGCGACCCUCGAAAAAAGGCAACCUAUGACAAGUUUGGUGAGGAGGGUCUAAAAGGUGGUAUCCCACUGGAGUUUGGCAGUAGUGGGGCUUGGUCAUCUAAAUAUGUCUACCAUGAGAACCCAGACAAAACAUUCAGACAGUUUUUUGGAGGCAACAACCCAUUUGCAGACUUCUAUACAAAUGAUGUACCACUUCAGUUCGGUGGCCUGCAACCAGGAGUGGUGAAGACACAAGAUUCUCAAAUAAAGAGAGACCUUAAUUUGUCCCUGGAUGAUCUCUUCCAUGGAUGCACAAAAAAGAUUAAGAUAUCUCGCAGGGUUAUGAAUGAGGAUGGAUACACAUCCAGUAUCAAAGACAAGAUCCUGACUAUAAACGUGAAGCCUGGAUGGAAAGAAGGCACAAUAAUAAUUUUCCCCAAAGAGGGAGAUCAGGGACCAAGCAGCAUCCCUGCAGAUAUUGUGUUCAUAGUGCAACAGAAGAGGCAUCCUCUAUUCGUAAGACAACACAAUGACCUGAUCUACAAGGCCCAGGUCUCUCUGGAGAUGGCCUUGACUGGGUUCUCUGUGGAUGUGGAGACACUAGAUGGCAGGCUACUCAGUAUUCCCAUCAAUGACAUUGUGCACCCUGCAUACAAAAAAGUGGUGACCGGAGAGGGAAUGCCGCUGUCCCAGGAUCCUUCCCAGAGAGGAAACCUCAUCAUUACUUUUGACAUCCACUUUCCCGAGAAGCUCUCCGCUGAGAGGAGGCAUCUGAUCAAACAAGCUCUAGCUUUUAAAUAUUGAUCACAUUUUAAUACAUGUGUUUCUAUCCUGUGA